CGAAUCAGCGCCAACCACUGAUAGACCGUGGGCCAGAAAUCAUACGCCUAGCAUACAGAGUUCUACUAGGCACAAGAUGGCAAUGGACGCCAAAUCUUGUGUGGCAUAUGCACCUGUUGCCCUCCAUACUUUCGACACAGAUGCUACUUCUAGCGUCGACCCUCCACCGAGCUGGGAGGAAGUAAUCGGCCCAGCGGAGGAGCAGGAGGUGGAUGGGCCAGGAAAGCUCCCGCUCCCCGCACCAAGCCGGCGAGCUCUGAUCUGGAGAAACCGACGAUAUUUCAUCGUGUUCCUGGUGCCUCUCAUCCUGUGCCCAAUACCAAUCGUUUUUAACGAGCCGAUCGGCUACACGGCCUAUAGCAUCCUGAUCAUGGCCAUCUUCUGGUGCACGGAGGCGAUCUCUUUGGCCGUGACGUCUCUCUUACCCCUCGUCCUCUUCCCGCUCUUCGGUAUCAUGCCGGCCAAGGAUGUCGCAGUCAACUACUCCCAAAACGUCAUUAUACUCUUCCUCGGCGGCCUGAUUGUAGCUAUGGCCAUCGAGCAUAACAAUCUCCACCGAAGAAUUGCUCUGGCUGCUCUGAUGUUGAUGGGAUCCAAGCCAAGAUGGAUGAUGUUAGGUUUCAUGCUCAUUACCGCGUUCCUGUCCAUGUGGAUUAUUAACACCGCCACCACUGCCAUGAUGUUGCCGAUUGCACAAGCUGUGCUACAGCAACUGAAAAAGGAUAACGUCAAACAGAAAGACGAAAAUGCCAACCAGGGCCGCAGUGAUAGUCAUACCAGAAGUGGGCGGGCCCACAAAGAGAAGGAAGGAGAGGAAGCCAUUGCCAUGGAGGAGGUUCGGGUUAGAACUGACGUGCAGCCUCAGGAUACCGGUACCAAUAUAGAUGACGAGCAAGAAUCUCGCUAUAAUUUCAUUUGCAAAGGCAUCCUACUGUGCGUACCCUAUGCAGCAAGCAUCGGCGGUACAGCCACGCUGACAGGCACGGCUCCAAACCUUGUACUGGCCGGUCAAGUUAGUAGUUUGUUCGGGUCUGAGGCUGAGGUCAACUUCGGUGAGUGGAUGAUGUAUGCCGCGCCUGGUAUGCUGCUCUGCCUGCUUCUGACCUGGAUCUGGAUGCAGAUUGUUUACGUGGAUCGCUGGUGCCUCAAGAAGCAACGCCAGGAACUCGACCACAAGGGCGCCGCCAGAGUCAUCCGUCAGGCCUACAAGGACCUUGGGCCAAUGUCGUUUGCCGAGAAGGGUGUUCUUGCCCACUUUAUCUUGCUAGUUGUGCUGUGGAUAAGCCGUAAACCAGGCUUUGUGACUGGCUGGUCUGUGCUCUUCCCAGAGGGAUACGUGACCGACUCGACCGCAGCGAUAUUUGUCGCCUUCCUACUCUUCUUGUUUCCGUCCCGGAUGCCCAAAUUCUUGUGUGGCCGGAGCUCGAAAGAGGAUUUGAAGGAAGAAACGGGUCCAUGCCCGGCCCUUCUUGAGUGGUCGAUCGUUCAACAAAAGAUGCCCUGGCUGGUGGUCAUCCUUUUCGGUGGAAGCUUGGCACUGGCUGAAGCCUGCAAGGUGUCAGGUCUGUCAGCUUUGAUAGGUGAGCAGUUCACUGCGCUGGAUGGUCUCCCCCCAUUUGCUGUCGUGUUUGUAGUGACCGUCAUUAUCGCUGCCUUCACUGAAAUCACCAGCAACACCGCUACAGUAACUGUAUUCCUUCCCAUACUCGCUAGUUUGGGGACAAAUAUCGGCGUCAAUCCACUGUUCCUGAUGCUACCUGCCACCGUGACCAGCUCCUUCGCCUUCAUGCUGCCAGUCGCCACGCCCCCUAAUGCUGUCGCCUUCGCCUAUGAGCAAAUCACUGUCAUGGACAUGGUGAAAACGGGUUUUGUACUGAACAUUCUCUGCAUCUUAGUUGCCAACGCGAGCGUCAACACAUUGGGAAGGUGGAUCUUUGAUGUGGGCACGUUUCCCGAUUGGGCUAACGUCAACGUCACGGCAGCCUAGUUAUGAGAGGGCGUGACCAGACAAGUUUGCUGAUUCAAUGGCUACGACAACCUAUCCUGGAUAAUGUCAACUAUGAGCUCACAUUUGUAUGAAUUAUUUCUCCACUGAUUACAAAAAAUGAAACAUAGUCGUUGAAUUUAACAUUAAACAGGUCAAAUUGGUAACCAGAUAUUGAGCGUGGGAAAGACGCCCAUUGGGGCUGUCUAUAUAAUAUUAAGGGUUUCAAUUACACUUCAGUUACACGAAUGAAAUACGAAUCAACACAACCUAAGUAUCACAUUUACACACCUAAAAUACACCAUUGAAAUAACAAACGACUCGUAAUAGGUAUGGUCGUUGAAAUGAUUUUCCUUUCAGUGCUGGACGCAUUAUACCGGUUUGAGAUCUAGCUUUAGGGCAAUCCGUAGAAUUUAUUGUAUUGUUAUACUCCUAUUUGUAUUCUGUAAUUCUGGUUUUCUCAUGAAUGGGAGUGUUUACUUUUCUCCUUUCACAGAAAGCAUUGUACACGUCAGAUAAAUUCAUUGUUGUUGAAUAACUUAAGGUGUUAAGACUAAGAUCUGACUGUAAAACGUUUGCAAACCGAAGUAAUUUUUUUGCGUAGCAAAAUGUAGCCCUGUGUAGCUUUGAAAUUUAUUUUUAUCUUUAAAGCAGUUCUGCAGUUUUAGAUUUGUGUAUGUCUACAUACGACUGUGGAUGUAUACUUGGCGGUAAGUCGGCGAUUGAUUUGAUUUUGUUUUCCACAGGCAACAUCGCUGCGAUCCAUACGGUUUACACGUACGUUUUACCUUAGCCCUGGGACAUGGAUGACCUCAUUAUAUAUUUCAAUGGGCAACUACCUCGUCUAAUCGUCAGAUUUACAACUGAACGAUCUGGCAGAUUCUAUGCAAGCUCGGUAAUCGGUUGAGAUACCAGAGUCAUAGUAAUAAUUAACCUUAUACAGCAUGUAUUUUAGACCGCAGCAUUAAGGCACAUCAGUGUGCGUCGUCGAUCGAUCUUUGUAAGAAAAACGUAACGGUUCAGCAUAGAGUAAGCGAACAUGCCAUCAAGCACAGUGAAACCUGAGCAACUACAGACUUCAGGCAGUAUCUUCAACCGCAAGGGAACUUUCGUCAGUGCCGACAAGAUUUGACAAGUCCGUGAUUUUCCUGCAUGUAGGCUCCAUAAUGACGACGACGGUAUGACGACACGCAAUCAUAACAUCAAGGAUUUGUAACUGUUGUAUAUCACGAAGAUUAAUUAUAGGGCAAUGAUGACUCAAAUGAAUUAACUAUGAUAUAGUGAUACAUAUUAUUUCAAUAUACAAUUGACCUAGCUGAGAGUGUUUAUCGUUCACCUUCGCCAGAUCUGCAAUUAAUAACCUCUACGUAUUGAGUAUAAAGGACAAAUCAAAUUUUUAAAAGCCAUUAA